AUGUCUUCCACUGGCAUUGAGGUGCACGGGUCGGACCUGUUUGAUGAGCACGACCAGAAGCUCAUGCAGCGGAUCAAGUCGCAGUCCGAGCUGAACAGCGACGCGUCGCUGGAAGAGCGUGUGCUGGAGCGGUUUGACCGGUUUCUGGCCAAGCUGGAGUCGCGGAUCGAGGAUUUCGAAAAGUACUUUACCAACUCCGCCUACAAAUCGAAUCGGACCCACUACACAUUCUUUGAGGCGUUGAAGUCCAUCAAGGCCGCCGUGAUUCAGAACCAGCAGCACAAUCUGCAGGCGUUCGGACAGAUCUUGGACAGGUAUUAUGGCAGUCUGCUGGACGAGAAAAAAGAGUACGACUCGACGGACAUGUACGCAAAAAUAUCGACCGGGCUGCAGUUUCUGGACGAGAAAAUUGACCUGUUUGAGAAGACCUUCAACAUCCCGCUAAGCCCGCAAGAACACCUUGGAAAAUUGAAGGAGAAACUGUACAAUUUCGAUAAGGCCGUGGCUGCCGGCUCGAAGCGACUUCUUCAUUUCUACGAGCUGCCUUUCCAAUGGCGAGAAAACAAGUACAUUAUUUACGGCUACCGGUUCAACUCGGGCCAUCUCUCGGCUCUGAAGAGCGUUUUCCAGCUCCACAACGAAACUGCCAAUAUUUGGACACACAUAUUGGGAUCUCUGCUACUCCUGUACAUUAUGCUCAAACACUAUCCGGCAACCGAGAUUUAUGCCCGUUCCAGCUUUGGCGACAAGCUGGUGACCAACUGCUUCUUCCUUGCCUCCAUCAAGUGUCUCAUGUCGUCUGUCGUCUGGCACACCUACGACUGCAUCUCGCAACUCAAGCUGCGCAAAAGAUUCGCGUGUAUCGACUACACAGGUAUCACAGUGUUGAUCACGGCGUCCAUCAUCACCACCGAACACAUCGCGCUCAAGGAGUUCCCUGCCGCAGAGCUCGGCUUCAUCUCGUUUUCUACCAUCGCCGGCAUCGUCGGGGUGCUCUUCACGUGGUCCGAGUUCUUCGACAAGCCAGAGUCGCGGCCCGUCAGAAUCCUCUUUUUCAUCUCACUCUCGGCACUCGGCGUCGCCGCCUUCUGCUCCAGUGCUGUGCUCAAGGGCCUGGAAUACUCGUUCCAUCUGUACGCCCCGCUGUUGAAAAGCUUUGUGUGGUACCUGACCGGAGUCCAGUUUUACGGCACAUUGGUGCCCGAAAGAUGGAGAAACGACGUCAUUGUCGACAAGCUGGACAUCUGCGACGAGGCAAUCAGCGAGCUAGAGAAAUCGGACAAACUGGACGAAUACCUCAACAAAACCCCGGACGAAACUCCGAUGCGCAAGAGCUGGUUUUCCAUGUGGUGGGUCGACUACGUCUUCAGCUCGCACCAUAUCUGGCAUAUAUUUGUGUUGCUGGGCGUUCUGGGCCACUACUCGGCUAUUUUGGAAAUGUUUUCUCUCGUUAACUAGAUCAAACAAUGAUGCAUUGUGCUGUCACGACUGGUCCACGUCGAUCGGUCUUGAGGACGAGUGUGUAGAGUAGUAGUUCGAGUACGACUCGGGUUCGUUGUGCGGCGGCGGGCUUGACUGCGUGCGGGUUUCCAGACGUUCGUGCGGGCGCAGCAGGGGAGCCGUUUCGCCAGGCUCCGGCGCCUGCUUGCCAACAGAGCACACCAAACAACACGACGCCCCGAUUGCCAGUAGCAGCAUGCCAAUCACGACGCCGAUCAGCAGAGCCACAAACGGCAAGUGCAGGUGGAUCGGGCCCUUCGAGUCGCUGAGCCAGUCCGGGUUGAUCGACCGGUCCACAAGCAAGAUGCCUGUGGCGUAGCAGCUGUUAAUCGCGAGCCCUUGGCGCAAAAUGCGCACCUCGUGGUCGUUACCCUCGCGUACGCGCAACAUCGAGAUGCCCGACGUAAGCUCGCGACACGAGAGAUGCACGUUUUCCAGCAGCGUCGGAAUGGUGUCGUUGCACUCGAUAAUUUUUUGCAUGCCUCCGGCAGGCAGAAUGUGCAACCGAACAAAUUUCUCGAGUCUGGCGAGGUUGUGUAGCUCUGACGUGAAGUUCUCCAGUUUCAUCGAGCGUGAGCUCGGCACAAUGAACGAAUAAUCCUCGUAGAGAAGAUGAUCAAGCUGCAAAAGUUUAAGCACCUUGAGGAACUCGUCGCCGUCGACAGUGGAAAGCAGCUCUGGCACGCCAAUCUGCACGGUGGCAGGAAACACGAGACUGUCUAUUGGAUGGGCCACUCCUUUGUCAAAGAGCACCUCGGACUCAAUCGACACAUCCACUGCUGUACCGUUUAUGUAGAGUUUAUCUGAAUCUGUCUCUAUCUCAAGCGGUUUGUCCAGCAACGUAGUCAGGGUAGCUGAGUCCUGGAAGUCGUCGUAGAUCAGGCCGUUUACCACAAGGUUUCCCAAAAUCUCCAGCAUGACGUCGCGGUUCGCGUAGAGAUAGUCCAGCACGAGAUCAAGGCCAUGCCAUGCGUCUGCGUUGGGAAGAAAAACCGUGUAUCCCAAACCGCCAUUGUUGUGGAACUUGAGCAGGCCAAACUCGUGCAACAGCUUGAUGCUCUUGGCACACCGCAAGAACGGCGAGACCGCGUGCUGAAACGGAAGCGGCAGCGAGAGAUCCUCGUCAACGUAGUAAAUAUAUGUGUUACCGACAGCGAUUUUGGGAGAUGUGACAAAGACAUUGUUGUUGAGAGACACUUGGUCGCCGCGUUUUAUGACCUUGAGCUUCUGGCAAUGGCCCAAGACAGAGCUGGCGCAGUACUUUGUGGUGAGCAGCUCGUCGCGCUCGAAAUCCACCUUGCCAUCGAUAAAAUGGUACAGCAGCGAGCUUUUCGAUUCCGUCGACUCGGCAUUCUCCAUCACAAAUAUCGUCUGGUUGAUCUCACGGUCGUCGAUGAGACUGGAGAGUUUAUGGAAGUCCAGCUGGUCCACCAGAGAGGCGAGACCCAGUCCCAGAAGGUACUUGCGCGGUGUGAAGACUGGAAAAGAGUUUUCUAGGAGAAUCGAAUCGUACAGGUGCACAAUGCCGUCGGAAAGCAGGUAAUUGGCAAACGUGGAGGAUUUAUUCUGCACUUGGAUGCUGCUUCCUUCUGAGUCGGAAGAAAGACGGAGUUCUUGGUUAGCCAGAGUUCUAAUGGUGACUGGUUCUAGCUGGCCCCCCCAGAUGCCAGCAACAGUGUGCGAUUCAAGAAGCCUGAUUUUAUCUUCCAAACCUUCGUUUGUGUUCAGGUAGUUUAACUCUAUCUCGUUAAGGUUCACGCUGGCGUCAGAGGGGACCAAAAAAGUGACAUUGGUGAUCCUCCUAGUGGCACAAAAAUCGUUAUCGGAAAAUAAUCGUCCUAUGCUCUGGUACUGUGCGAAAACAGGAUCUGCGUGCGCAAUGCCCGCGAAAAACUCACACGCAGACUUGAGGGGCUCUAAAAACGAGGAGAUGCCAAAGACAGCCGAGUUGCUCGACCUCGCGUCAUACUGCUCGGUGACGAUCGCGUUAUCUGCCAGAAACAAGUCGUCUCUAUUGUCGAGCAGGAUUGGCUGCUGAACGCCGUCGGCCACCAACGAUGUGUUGUAAAGCAGUGUCCGGUACACUCCCAAACCGCACACGUCGUUCGCAUCAACUGGCUGAUCGAUCAUAUGUCGCGAGACGUCGUUUUUAACCAGGUUCAGGUACAAUUUGUCCUCGGCGAAGGCCAGAUUCAAUGGCGCGAGAAAAGUGACAUUCUCCAGCUCGUUGACGUAAUCGACCAGGUCACUGCGCUGCAGACUGAGCAGGAUUUUGCUGAAGUUGGCGUUGCUCGAGAGAACGUCUAUGAUGGUAGUAGUGGGAGGUAUGUCAUCGUCGGGGCUGUCGCUGCGCGCCCCUAAGGUUAAUAACAUCCCCAGAAUCAAUAUUCCAGAGAGCAGAUCCCACA